AAUAUAGGAUCAGUGUGGCUUGGUCAAAAGUGUUUUGAAAUGACACUACAUUUCGAAAUUCUACAAAUAUACAAAUUGCUGAUUAUCGGCGUACAUGCAGUCCACGUCAACCAAGCUCCUGGAAAAUUUAGCCUUAGCUAUAUGCUAGAAGCCGCUAAGCCAGCAAUUCAACCUAUUUUUGCAGCCGGUUCUGACAAAUGCGAGGUAUUGAAAAGUUAUUUUGGCUUAACAUACGAGCAGAUGCAAGCAACAAAUCUAACCAUAUUCAGUGAGAAACUAAACAUAGACCGAAUCACCAAGAAUGGUAACGUGAAAUACAAUUUCACUAACAGGUUAAAACGCAUGAUGACAACUGAUUCAAUUGCUAUCAUCAUUCAUGGAUACUUAGAGAGUUCAGAAGGUGUGAUGGUACAAGCUAUAGCACCAGAGUUGUUAAAGACGUCGAAUUUAAAAGUAUUCGCGUUAGAUGGGAGGAAUGUUAUAAGUUUAGAGUAUAUAACAUCAUCUACAUAUGUACGCUUCAUGGGCGAGCGGUUGGGGACCUUGCUGAGUGAUGUAAUAAGACGUGGUCAGAACCCUUCCAAAAUUAUUUUAAUCGGCCAUUCGCUCGGGGCUCAUAUAGCUGGGGCAGCUGGCCAGAAGAUACAACACGAUACUGGCCAACGUAUUGGCAGGAUAACUGGACUGGACCCGGCGGGACCUUGCUUCAGUAACGUCAGUCUGGCCGACCGACUGGAUCCAUCUGAUGCUGAUUAUGUGGAUGUAAUACAUACGAAUGCGGGCAUGCUUGGAAUCAAAGAACCAGUUGGCCACAAAGACUUCUUUCCGAACAGUGGGGCAAUGCAACCCGGCUGCAUUUUGCCGAUUUGCGAUCACAGUCGGGCGUGGGAAUUGUAUGCAGAGUCUAUCAAUUCUCCUCAACGUUUUCCAGCAAGAAAGUGUGAAAACUGGACGGUAUUUCAAAGCGGCCGCUGCAUAAAGAAUGAAGGUGUGUAUAUGGGAUAUCAAUCUGUCAGUGGCAGCCCCGGCGUGUACUAUCUAACUACAGGAUCUUCUGCGCCAUUUGGUUUGGGAGCAGCUGGUAGCGGUUGA